AUGCACGACAGAAUGAAAAAACUCUGCUGGACCGUCGUGUACAACAUCACCAACCCUGCCCCUUCUGCAGGAGAUGAGUCCCCCCCUCAAAGUGCACCACAGAAAACGGGUCGCUGUCUUAGUGUUCCUCUUGCCGCAGCUUUCCUUGUGGCCGAGAUGUCUGGCUCCGGAGUCCUGGCUCUUCCGAAGGCUGUAGCUAAUACAGGAUGGGUUGGCUUGCCUCUGAUGGUGCUGCUCUGCGCAUGCGUGGGGUUUGCGGGUACGAGGCUCGCGAUCUGCUGGGUGCUCCUCGAAGACAGGUGGCCCGAGUACCGUCAGCCGUGUAGGAGACCGUACCCUGCUAUAGCGUACCGGGCUUUCGGUACCAUUGGAAGCCUCCUUUGCACGGCAGCGCAACAGGCAACCCUGGUAGGCGUGUCCACUGUGUUUCUGCUCCUCGCGUCCCAGCUUCUGUCCGCCUUGGUUCAGCCCUUGGUCUCGUCUGCGACUCUGUGCUCCUGCCUCUUCGUCGUCGGGGGCGUCCUGGUGCCGGCGACGUGGCUGGGGACGCCCAAGGAUUUCUGCGCCUCGCCCAUAAUGUACGCAUCACGAGGGUUCAUAUAUGAGGUUACUUCAUAG